GCAAGCGCCACAGUUCCAACGAAAAAACUCUGCACCCUAACAACCUCUAGACCACACCCUUAAACCAACAGCCAACCGCUUAAACUAGCACCAACCUGAGAAAGCUCCAACCUGGCUGCUACAAACACUUGUUAAGCGCGUAAAUUUUGAACAGCCUAUAGUAUAAUUUGGCAUACCUACACCUUGUACAAUUUUUGUUCACUGAAGAACCCACACAUCACAUUCAAUUUUCUGUUCGCCCUCCUCUUCGCACACCUCUACUAAACCAAACUAGACCUGAUUACAAGCACUGUAAAAAAGCACUUGAAAAUAUAAAAUGAAGAUGAUGCCACCCUGUAGUAUUUCCUCGCGCCGGUCUUGUUCGUCGUACCCGGAAGCUCGGCUGCGUCAGGCUGUUUCCGUGGCGAUGGCCUUGGCAAGCUUUUCCCUGUCCGCCCUCGGUCCUGUUGCGCACGCACUCCAGCUUCAGGUACGAGCGGGUCGGGACGGGCAGGCACCUUUCUUGCAAGUGGAGGCGGCCGCUUCUGCUCCCGGCGGUGGUGGUGGUGGUGGACGGGCUGUAAUAUUCUCUGCAAAAAUGUCUAUGUCAAGGUCCUGCUCUAUCGCAAGAAAAAAGUGUUACAGCUACACACUGUGUUGCAGGCCAAGCAAGACAGACCAGCUCUGUCAUGUCGGAUAUGCACAGGAGCUUCGUUUCAUAGGCGUUCUCCCUUAGGAUUUCCGCAUUGCAAGUUUUCUCUCUCAUGCAGACAAAUUUGUGUUGCUGAAUUGACAACAAAUGUGUAACUGUAACACUUUUUUCGUAGGAUAUGCUCCGGAAACUCACCACUAUAAGUGUUAGCUGGUCGUGGAGAGCGGUAAAGUAUGCACAGGUAAAAAGCAUGAAACAUUUUAUAGUGUCUGUGUCCUGCUGGAAAAUAUUUCGGAUUACAAGAAAUACAAUUUGCGUUUUUGCACGACAGGCAUAAGGAGUAUAUAUGUUGUAAAUGACAAAGCCACAUUUGCCAGGCGAGCGUCACGAAAUUUGCAGCGAUCUUCCUGAUCCAGACAUGUUUGCAGUGGAUAUAAGUCAGGUCCAAGCAUAGACGGAGUCCCCCCGGCGGCCGCGGCUGUGACCAACACUGAGGCGCGUGAGUGUUGGAUUUGUCACGGUGAAUUUACUAGGGACAACGGCCCAUUCCGCACGUGUUUUCACCGAAAUAGUGACGGGACGGGCCAUGAUGCCCACCAGAGCUGUGCUCGAACAUGGUGUGCAACUCAGGGGGCCGACCGGAGACGGGACCAACCGAGGUGCUUCUGCAGGCGGCCAAUGCGAAUCGAGAGCGAUGCUAGUAUAGUUAUGCAAAAAUAAAUGAGGAUUAUCAUGCUCCCUGAGGUUAGUGCCAUGCAAAAAUAUAAACAAGGUUUAUCAAGUGCUAUUUUUAUUUUUGCGUAUCAAUGCUCAUAUCCGAAAAAUAUUACUAGUUAUCCGUAAUGGCAAGUGCUAUGCAAAAAUAAAACCUUGAGUAUCAUUCAAAAAUAAACAGGGGAUCAGCAACUCGCUGCCCGAGUAUCCUCUGGAAAAACGAGGUCCCCAGGAUCCCCGGCUUGGUCAAUCAGAUACGCACGGUUCACCGCAGCAUGCGUAAAAUGUCGUUCUUGUUUGUAGUCCAACGCACAGCUGCCCCAUGCGAGGCGUUUGUGAUAGGUAAGUAGAAGUACUUACAACAGCGAUCCUUCUGCCAUGCUCUAACCGGUCUAGCCGGUGGUCGUGGUCGUCCUCGUCGUGCAAAUGCAAAUUAUACGAAAAUAGAUUCUACAGCAUUUUGGAUACUAACGGUAGUAGAUGCAGCGGGCAUGCCCAAGAUCAGCUGUUGUGCAGCUGGGUCUACAACUUCUACGGCUGACAAUGAGAGUGACGUCAUGUGACAUGACAUCAUCGUUAUAGAUGUCGUGCUGGAAGACAUCAUUUAUAUCUUCUGUGCAGAGUAGAAAUAUUUGUUUCGCUAUUUCAUCAGGGGAAAAAAUGGGACCGAGUUUUUCCACAGGAUCAAGCUUGCAGCAGAUUCAGCGGGACUACCCAGAUUUACGGGCAAGGGACCCCAAUGAAGCCCUUUGUUGCGCCACUCUCGGGGCGAUGGGUGCAUUCGCCUCCACCGCGGCUGCCAUGGCUUUGCACUCCGUCCCUUGUGGGGUCGCUGGUGUCACCAUUGGCGGAGCCUGUAUGGUCGGCUGCUCGUGCAAGCAGCGCCACGAUGACCGCUUCUACCAACCGGAACAAGGCUGCACACCUCUCGUGGUCACUGUCACACCGCGGCUAGCCAUAUAGAAUGUUAUGCACGAUGACUCGGCCUCUACUCCGCAUCAACAACAAGCGAACUUGGUUUGUUGCGUCGCUACAAGAUAUUUUUCGUCCCGUCUGUAUUUUCUUCUCCCCGCAGCGAGUGGGCAAAAUUCAAAGUCGUGCGGAAUUCUGCUGGUUUUAGGUGCUAGAUGCCGAGCCCGAUCAUGAAAUGUUUCAUCGGGCUAAUGUUUGGCAAGCACGAUCAUGGAACAGCACUUGUCUAUGCCGAGGACCACACUAGAUGUAUACGCCGGCGGAUGACCUUUUUACAUAUGCAUGUGGGUAUUUGUUUUAUCGUGGGACCACGAGGAGUUGUGUACAGCUUUUCUGCAGUUGGAUAACCAGGCAGAAGCGGUCAGAGAGGGGGAGGCUGCCCGGGAGCGAAUUCGCAGCAGACUGGCCGAGGAGCGAAUUCGCAGCGAAUUCGCAGCAGCCCGAGCGCCAACGCAGCAGCAAAUGAGGAUCGGGGACGUUGACAUUCUGGACUAGGCUACUAGUACCAACAUCUCUACUCAACCGGCGUGAUGAACAGAGGCAAAUCAAGCUGCGAAAAAUGAUUUGGUGGCAGCUUCGAGGGCGUUUUCACUGGGUACUGCUCCACAAUCUCGUCAAGCAUCGUCCCAGAUCCUAUGCUACGUGUAGAGGUCAUGUCCUUGAUCAUGUCCUCGCGAUGACUAUGACAGCAUAAUUAAAUAUGGGAUAACACAGAGUAGGAUUUUAACAUUAUCAAGUCACAAUUUUAAUAAUUUGAACAUACUUGCUACACGCUAUUUUACUAGAAGCUGACGCAAAUUUUGUGUAUGUUCGAACCUUUCGUGUGUUUAGUUUAGCAUCGGUCCGUGCGUAGCAAUGCAAGCUAGCAAGCAUCUGUGCAUCUGAACGCCACAGAGUGGGAUUUUAACAUUAUCAAGUCACAAUUUAAAAAAAAAGUGCCACGACAGUGUAUGAUUUAAUUGCAAGAACCGAACCAGCACCAGAAAGAGGACUCCUAGCUGCAACCCUCGGCGAUCGUCACUUGGGUUGCAGAUCAUUAAUUCAUGGUGCUGCAGUCGACACUAAUAUAUAACAUAGUAUUGCGCCCUCUUGAGAAGAGUUGUUACAAGCGACCGCUGAGCGGUCGGCCUCAGUAGAUAUAAAAGUAAGUGGUUGAGGCGAGCAACGAACAAGAAGAUUUGUAUACAUCAAUCUUCCCGAACCCGAAGUCUGUUGCACGCGUCGCAACGAGGAACUUGACAGCUGCGCCAAUAAUGAGGUUGACCACGACCGCGGCGGCGCUGCCCUAAGGGGGAGGCACAAGCAAUAGCAAAAGGCACUGCACUGUAAUUAUGAUUCCCAG